AUGAUGAAGAUGUGGAAAAAUGAAACCUUUUCUCUUUUUGACCGCCGCAUCAUCAGCUCGAAGUUCAUUUGGAUUUUUCUUUGGCUCAUUAUGGGGGCUGAGUGUAAAACAGGUGAUGCGAAGAGAGCAUUUACUCUUCAGCCUGGAGGAUCUGUUACUAUUCCAUGUCAUUAUGACAGAAAAUAUAUUCAACAUAAGAAAUACUGGUGCUAUAGUUACUAUGCAACAUACAAUUACUGCUCUAUUCUGGCAUCCGCUAAUGAGACUAAGGGAAGAGUGUCAGUAGUUGAUCAUCCUGAUCAGAGUUUAUUUACCGUCACUAUGAGAAACCUGCAGGAUCAAGACACUGGAGCUUACUGGUGUGUUGUGGAAAUUGAAGGGAUUCUAAAUGUGGAUGUGACCGAGGAGCUUCAUCUCUCAGUCCAAUCAGUUCCUGAUGUGUCUGUGGUGUCCAGCAGUGUAUCUGGAGAUGAAGGUGGUAAUAUCAGUGUAAAGUGUCUCUACAGUUCUGCAUAUAAGAACAAACACAAGCAGUGGUGCAGAUAUAAAGACAAGAGCUGUUACACAUCCCAGAGUUCAUCAGUUGAGAUCAGUGAUGAUGAGAGAGCAUCCUUCACUGUGCUGAUGUCUGGACUGAUGCUGGAGGAUUCUGGCUGGUACUUCUGCUCUGUAGGAGAUCUACACGCUCCUGUUCAACUCACAGUCACUGGAGAUCGGCACGCUCCUGUUCAACUCACAGUCACUGGUAAAACUGCGACCACAUAUAGUAUCUCAACGGGAGUCUCCAUACAUGCAGCUUCGAUUCCCCAAAACAGCAGUCAAACAUCGGGUGGUGAUAAGCAGCAGAAUAUUCUACAUCUGAAGGUGUGGCUUCCACUCCUUGUGUUGCUGCUGCUGCUGCUGCUGAUGAUACUGGUUACCAUGGUGACCAUAAUACUGAGACAAAAGCUCAAAACAAAUAACACCAAUAUCACACAUGAGAAACCAGACAAAGCCUGUGCAAAGCCAGACGACUCUGUUAAUCCAGAAUGUGAUGUGAUAUACAGUUCUGUGAUUAAACUUCACCAGAUUGAAGCAUGCAGUCCAGUAUGUAAAGAGAAAAAUGUGAUCUACAGCUCAGUGUGUGAACAGAAUUGAAUACCUGAGCAAACUGUGCAUAGAGAUGUGAACACGGCAUGCAGAAUACUGUACCUGCUGCAUAGAUUUACAAUAAAAUGUAAAUGCAUUUGGUUUUAUUCAUGCACAAAUGUCAAUAUGAAUAAGAGAGUGCCUUAACGUGUCACAAAUAAAUAUAUGCAUAUUGUGUUUGUGUACAGUUUAAAAACAUAC